AUGGGGCUGAUGGUGGGGACAGUGUUCGGAAUGGAGCCUGGGGGCACAUCUGCAGGAGCCCCUAUCACUUCCCUGCUUCUAACUGCAGGUGUGAAUGAGACCUCUGGGUUGGAUUGCCGUGAUGUGUGUAACCUCAACGUCUCUGACCGCUGUUACUUCAUCCAGACCAACCCCAACUGCCGCAGAGCUGGGGGCUACCUGGACUACCUUGAAGGCAUCUUCUGCGUCUUCCCCCACAGCCUGCUCCCACUGGUCAUCACCCUCUACAUUUUGUGGCUUCUUUACCUGUUUCUGAUCCUGGGAGUCACUGCGGCAAAGUUUUUCUGCCCUAACUUGUCAGCCAUUUCUACCAUCCUCAAACUCUCCCACAAUGUGGCUGGUGUCACCUUCCUGGCCUUUGGGAACGGUGCCCCUGAUAUCUUCAGUGUGCUGGUGGCUUUCUCCGACCCACGCACAGCUGGCCUGGCCUUGGGAGCGUUGUUUGGUGCCGGUGUGCUGGUCACUACUGUGGUAGCUGGUGGCAUUGCUGUUCUGCGACCCUUCGUGGCUGCCUCCAGACCCUUCCUCAGGGACAUCAUUUUCUACAUGGUAGCUGUGUUCAUGACCUUCCUUCUGCUCUACUUUGGCCGGAUCACGCUGGCCUAUGCCCUGGGUUACCUGGGCUUCUAUGUGUUCUAUGUGGUCACUGUGGUUCUUUGCACCUGGAUCUACCAAUGGCAGCAGAGGCAAUCCCUGGUUUACUCUGUGCCAGCCACUCCAGAGCUGGUGUCAGACUCCCAGGAUGACCAGGUGUCUUCUAAUACCAACAGCUAUGACUAUGGAGUUGAGUACCAGCUGCUGGUUGCCUACCCGGAGACCACGGCUAACAUCCUGGCCCAAGCCCUCAACCCACUGGACUUCAGAAGGUGGAGGAAUGAGUCAGCCUACUGGAGGACCCUCAAGGUGUUCAAGCUGCCUGUGGAGUUCAUGCUGCUCCUCACGGUACCUGUGGUGGACCCGGAUAAGGAUGACCGGAACUGGAAACGGCCCCUCAACUGUCUACAUCUGUUGACCAGCCCCCUGUUCUGUGUCCUGACCUUGCAGUCCGGGAUCUAUGGCUUCUAUGAGAUCGGUGACCUUGUACCUGUCUGGGCUGUGGUGACAAUCGCGGGUUCAGCCUUGGCUUUGGUGAUCUUCUCUGUCACAUCCAACAGCAAGACCCCCAGGUUUCACUGGCUCUUUGCUAUCCUGGGAUUUCUAACUAGUGCCCUGUGGAUCAACACAGCUGCAACAGAGGUCGUGAACAUUUUGCGGUCGCUGGGUGUGGUCUUUCGUCUGAGCAACACGGUCCUCGGGCUCACGCUGCUGGCCUGGGGGAACAGCAUUGGAGAUGCCGUCUCAGACCUCACUCUGGCCCGACAGGGUUACCCACGGAUGGCGUUCUCAGCUUGUUUUGGAGGCAUCAUCUUCAAUAUCCUGGUAGGCGUGGGGCUGGGCUCUUUGCUCCAGAUGUCCCGGGGCCACCCGGAGGUGAAGCUGGAGUUAGACGGACUGCUGGUGUGGAUCCUGGCCGGUGCACUAGGGCUCAGCCUCGUUUUUUCCCUCGUGACGGUCCCUGUACAGUGCUUCCAGCUGAGCAAAGCCUACGGCAUCUGCCUGUUCCUCUUGUACUUGAACUUCCUCAUCGUGGCCCUACUCACCGAAUUUGGAGUGAUUCACUUGCCAAGUAUGUGA